GAUCAUAUUGGAGAUUUCAUUGAUCAAGCAAGAGAAAAGAGGUAAGAGGAAGGGAAGCUAAACAAAGGAUGGAAAGUGUUAAUAUCAGACAACUCAUACAAGGUUUCAGUGUAGCAAUUUUCCUCUUCCUGCUAUGGAAAAUAUUGUACAAUUGCUAUCUUCUUCCUUCUUUGGCCUAUGCAAAACUUACAAAGCAUGGGUUUGGAGGUCCAGUGCCUUGUUUUCCUUUUGGGAACCUCAAAGACAUGAAAAUGGAGAAGAAGAAUAGUACAAGAGAGAUUAUUACUAUUCAUUCUUCAUCUUCUUCUUCAUAUUCACCUGGGGUAGGCAUCAUCACCCAUGACAUCCACUCAUUGGUCUCCCCUUAUUUCGCUCGCUGGCAAAAAUUAUACGGGAAAGUAUUCAUCUACUGGUUGGGUACAGAGCCAUUUCUUUACAUAGCAAACCCAGAACUUUUGAAGCAAAUUUCAGCUACAGUUAUGGGUAAAAGUUGGGGCAAGCCUACAGUUUUCAAGGAGGAUAGGGAACCCUUAUUUGGGAAAGGACUUAAUAUGGUGGAGGGCGAUGACUGGGUUCGCCACCGACACAUCAUUACCCCCGCUUUCACCCCAUCUGCUCUCAAGGGCAUGACAAGUUUGAUGGUGGAGUCAGCAAGGAAGACGGUGGAUAGAUGGACAACCAUGACCGAGUGUGGGUGCGUGGAAAUCAACGUCCAAGGUGAAAUUACAAGCAUGACUGCAGAGAUCAUCGGAAAGGCGAGUUUUGGAAUAACGUACGAGGAAGGGAAGCACGUGUUUGAGAAGCUAAGAGCCAUGCACGCGACCCUCUUCAAGUCCACGCGUUACGUGGGCGUCCCUUUUGGGAAUUUGCUUUCCCCCAGAAAGACAAUGGAAGCCAAGAAGCUGGGAAAGGAGAUCGACGACCUCCUCAUAGCCAUCAUUGAAGACCAACGAAAGAGAUCACCGAGUGGAAGAGACUUGUUGAGUUUGCUUCUGACAGAGAAUGAAGAGAUGAUGGGAAAGACAGCGUUGACGAGCAAAGAGUUGGUGGACGAGUGCAAGACGUUCUUCUUUGGAGGAUACGAGACGAUAACAUUGGCGCUGACGUGGACAUUGCUAGUUUUGGCCUUGCACCCGGAGUGGCAAAGGGAGCUCAAGGAGGAGAUCAAAGAAGUGAUUGGAGAUGGCGAUUGUUGUGAAGUUGAUGCCACUAAGCUUGCCGAGCUAAAGAAGAUGGGGUUGGUGAUGAGUGAGGUGCUCCGCCUAUACCCUCCAUCACCAAAUGCGCAACGACAGGCACGAGCCGAUAUCCGAGUGGACAGCAUCGUGGUCCCCAGGGGGACUAACAUGUGGGUCGACAUUGUGUCGAUGCACCACGACAAAGAGUUAUGGGGAGAAGAUGCCAACGAGUUUAAACCGGAGCGGUUCCAAGAUGACAUGAAUGGUGGGUGCAAGGGCAAAGCCGGGUUCUUGCCUUUUGGGUUUGGAGGGAGAAUGUGCAUUGGCCGAAACUUGGCAACUAUGGAGUACAAGAUUGUGCUUACCUUAAUCCUCGCCAGGUUUUCCUUUUCGGUUUCGCCAAACUACAAGCAUUCUCCUUCUAUAAUGUUCUCCCUAAGGCCAGCGCAUGGGUUGCCUCUUCUAGUCAGCACACUGCAAAACUAAUGUGUUUUUUUGUAAGCAGUGGUAUGCCAAAUAAGAAGAAUAAAGCAAAGCACUGAAG